AUGCCUACAGAACUCGAAGAGCUGGUGGAAUUCCUACACCACGGUAACACUCAAAUUCGAGGGAUUGCCACUGAGAACCUGGUCGGUUUCUCUACCGCUCAACCGAGUCUCUUCAAGCGUCACCAAUUACUUCCCGUCCGUGACUUGAAGCUCCUAGCCUUGGACUAUACCCCCAUUGCAAAGAAUGCCUUAACAAUCCUGAUCAACUUGUCCGGCGACGAGGAAGUCCUGAAGGUCCUCGCCGAAGAUGACGAAUUCAUCGAGACCUUGCUCUUUAAAUUAACGAGCAUCAAGGAACCCAAUGCGGACGAAUUCGCAACUCUGCUAGCCAACAUGGCCAAAUCCUCAGCCCUACAAAAACUAUUCGCCGUAAAGCGCCGCAUCCCCGAGAACGUCUCAACCUCAGCAAACGCCAUCGACCAACUCAUGGACUGUUUCGUCAAGGGCGCCGAGGGUGGUCUCAACAAAAAUGCCAACUUCGACUACCUCUCCUACUUCUUCGCCGAUCUGUCUCAAACCGAGGAAGGACGGAAAUACUUCACCACCCGCCAAGAGUACGACGGGGUGGUACCUAUCACAAAGCUGACCGUCUUCACGGAACACAAGAGCGAUAUCCGUCGCAAGGGAGUCGCCUCCACCAUCAAAAAUGUCGCUUUCGAUAUCGACUCGCACCCGAUGCUUUUCGACGAGGACGCGGCUAAUCUGCUUCCCUACUUGCUGCUGCCCAUUACCGGUCCGGAGGAGUACUCUGAUGAGGAUAUGUUAUCCAUGUUGCCGGAUCUGCAGCUGUUGCCUCCGGAUAAGAAGCGCGAUAGUGAUCCCACUAUCAUCACUACCCAUGUGGAGACUCUCAUGCUCUUGACUACCACUCGGGCAGGUCGGGACCUUAUGCGCCAAGUGAAGGUGUAUCCGGUGGUUCGAGAGUGCCAUAUGAAUGUGGAUGAUGAGAAUGUGCAGGAAGCUUGUGAUCGACUGGUGCAAGUUCUUAUGCGUGACGAGGAGGGUGAGGGUAAGGAGGAGGGUGGACAAGCGCAGAUUGAAGCACCGCGCGUCGAUGAAGAUAAUGAGCUCGACCUCCCCGAUUCCCUCGACGAUGGAUGUGACGACUCACACCACUCCAUAAACUCCCCUCCCUCCUCCUUCGGCUCCCCCGGCUCCUACACUCAGCGUAUUGGGAGCUUCAUGUCGCGUGCCCCUCUUAUCCGCACCUCGCCCGCGCUGGGCUCGACCUCAUACGGAGCCGUGCGCAUCCCGCAAGAGGAUUCCGAUGACCCCGGAACGUCCCCCCAGUCGGAGAGACAGAGGCGUAAUUGGACUCAGGAUUCGCGGACCAGCUCCGAUAGCUGCACCGGUGGGCCCUCAAAUGAGACCUUAAAUGAGGGACGCCGAUCCAAAGCCCGACGAUCACAUUCGUCCGGUCGACGAAAGAGCAGUGGCUGGUAUAGGAGGAAUCGUCGACCUUCCGAAGCAACCUCCGAUGUAGGAAUGGGCGCCGAUUCCAAAUACUCGUUUGCGACGGGCCUGGCGGUACCUGGUAACCCCGUGGUGCAAGAAACACCGGCCUCUUCGCCAUACAUUACGAGUGAUGAGGAAGAUACCUUAGACCUGGAUGGUGACGAUACCAAAUCAACCGAGGAAGAUCCUCCGGACAACUCGCCAUACGCCCAAGUACGAGCUACAGUCCCAGCCACAGACGAUAUCACUCUGUCAAUCAAUACCCCGCGCAUGUGGAUUCUUUCCCUGCUUUUCUCACUGACAGGUUCGGCGGCCAAUCUCUUUUUCUCUCUUCGCUAUCCUAGCGUUGCUAUUACACCGAUCAUUGCGCUUGUCCUCGUUCAUCCUCUUGGUAAAUUCUGGGACGGGGUUCUUAAGCGGACAGGUGAUCCGCUCGAAGUCUUUGAGAAUGGAACUUUGCAUCACCGUGAACUUCUCUCUGGCGAGAUUGAUGCUCCGGAGAUCAAUUGGCUAUCUAGGAUGCGUCUUUGGUUGGCGCAGGGUCGGUGGAAUGAGAAGGAACAUGCUUGCGUUUAUAUCAGCAGCAAUGUCUCUUUUGGAUUCGCUUUUGCAACAGAUGUCAUCGUGGAACAACACAAAUUCUACCAGCAGGAAGUUCCAAUCCUAUACCAAUUGCUGCUCAUCAUCUCCACGCAAGUCCUUGGAUACGCAUUCGCUGGCCUCACAAGACGAUUCCUCGUUCGGCCAUCAGCCAUGAUUUGGCCCGGUACUCUCAUGUCAACUGCGAUGUUUUCAACUAUGCACAAGAAUGCCAAUAAAAAGGCUAACGGGUGGAGUAUCUCUCGAUACAAGUUCUUUGUCGUCGUUUGGACGGGUGCCUUUCUCUGGUAUUUCGUUCCAGGUUUACUGAUGCCUGCGUUGAGCUACUUUAACGUGAUCACUUGGUUCGCUCCUAAAAAUGUCGUGGUUUCGAAUCUGUUUGGAGUUGCAUCGGGCCUGGGAAUGUUUCCGUUAACGUUUGACUGGGCUCAAAUUGCCUACAUCGGAUCUCCGCUAUUAACGCCUUGGUGGGCCGCUGCGAACAUUGUGACCGGUUUGGUCAUUGUCAUUUGGGCCCUUGCCCCAAUUUUGUACUACAAAAAUGUGCUCUUUUCGUCCUAUAUGCCCAUCCUCUCCGCGGCAGUAUUUGACAACACUGGGCACCCAUACGACGUGAGCCGGAUCUUGACUCCGGACUUUCUAUUCGACGAAAAGGCCUACGCGGACUACUCGCCUGUAUAUCUACCCAUCACAUACGUCCUGUCUUAUGGCGUCCAAUUCGCUGCCCUAACCUCUCUGGUCACCCACACCAUCUGCUGGUAUGGCAAGGAUAUUUGGCAACAAACACGCAAAGCAUUCGAGGAGCGCCGAGAAAUACCCGGAAUGGAGACCUACCAACCUCUGCGAACAGAACAAGUUCCUCCUCCCGGCCGUCGGAACUUUGAUUCCUCGGGUGAUGCGUCUCAAGAUGUGAAUCGAGAGAUGCCUCCGGGCAUGGAAGAUGUUCAUUGCCGUCUUAUGAGACGCUACAAAGACGCACCCAUCACAUGGUAUCUCAUUGUACUCGUCACAAUGCUUGCCACCGCAACUUUUACCGUGGAGCACUAUCCCGUGCACUUACCCUGGUACGGACUAUUCCUCGCCCUAGGCAUAACCUGCAUCUUCUUCAUCCCCGUCGGCAUCAUCAUGGCCGUCACAAACCAACACAGCAGUCUCUACCUAAUCUGCCAACUGAUCUGCGGCAUCGUUUUCCCGGGCCGACCAGUCGCAAACAUGAUCUUCGUGACGUAUUCCUACAUCAGCUCAGCGCAAGGCAUAAAAUUCUCCUCCGACCUAAAACUCGGCCAUUACAUGAAGAUCCCGCCCCGAAUCCUAUUCGGCGUCCAAAUGAUGGCAACACUCGUAUCAAGCCUAACACAAAUCGGCGUCCUGAACUGGAUGUUCACCCACAUUCCACUCCUCUGCACACCAGAAGCAAUGAACGGCUUCAACUGCCCCAUCGCACGAGUCCACUUCAACGGAAGUAUUCUCUGGGGUGUAGUCGGACCACAACGCUUCUUCGGACCGGAUGGCCUCUACCGCCCACUCGUGUGGGCAUUCCUGAUCGGCGCCAUUGCCCCAUUAGGAGCGUGGAUCCUCGGCCGACGAAGUCGAAAGAAUUUCUGGCGCAAGGUGAAUUUCCCCAUCCUUUUCGGGAGUUUGAGUUGGAUCCCGCCGGCUACGGGUUUGAAUUUUAGUAUUUGGGCACUUGUGUGUUUUGUGUUCAAUUAUGUUAUUCGGAGGAGGAGGACGGCUUGGUGGGAGAAGUAUGCUAUGACGCUUUCUGCGGCGUUGGAUUCGGGUCUGGCUUUUGCGGUUAUUGUUGUUUUCUUUGCGUUUAUUUAUCCUGGUUGGGUUGAUGGGUUUAAGUGGUGGGGGACGGAGAUUUAUAAACAGGGUUGUGAUUGGGUUGCUUGUCCUUAUAGGCCCCUGGAGCCUGGGGAGAAAUUUGGACAAUAG